AUGGCUUUGCCUCGUCGAAUUAUAAAAGAGACCCAGAAGCUCCAGUCUGAGCCUGUUUCCGGCAUUACAGCGACACCAGACGAGUCGAAUGCCCGGUACUUCAAAAUUGUUGUCGUUGGACCACAGGACUCUCCAUAUGAAAAUGGAAACUUCAAUCUGGAACUCUUCUUGCCCGAGGAGUAUCCAAUGGCACCGCCAAAAGUGCGCUUCAUGACCAAAAUCUACCAUCCAAACAUCGACAAGCUCGGUCGAAUCUGCCUUGACAUCCUCAAGGACAAAUGGUCGCCUGCUCUCCAGAUCCGAACCGUGCUGUUGAGCAUUCAGGCUCUUCUCAGCGCCCCUAACCCAGAUGAUCCGCUCGCCAACGAUGUCGCUCAGCUCUGGAAACAAAACGAAGCCCAAGCCAUUAGAACAGCCAAGGAAUGGACAGCUCAGUACGCUGCUUGA